CGACUCAAGGGAGGGAGGAGACGAUGGAAGAAGCCCUUCCCACGACUCGAAUCCCUCCGCUUCAAGAUUUCUUCACGGCGAGCGAGGUGGCGGCGGCGGAGCAGCUCGUCCAGCUUAGUGAGAGCAGCGGCGACUCGUUCCCCCGGCGAACCCUCUCGUCGUCCUCGUUCGCGUCUUCUUCAUCUCCUCGAUCCGUCAACACGCGGCCUCCGGCGACGGCGAUGGUGGCGGAGGCCGACGAAGACGACGACGAGGAGCAGCACGAGUUUGGUGGGGCCCCGCGGCUGCGGAGGCGGCCGCGGUACCGUUUGAUCGCCGAUCUCUACGCUGCCUCCGCCUUGAUCGACGACGAAACCGGCGGCGCUGAGAAGCGGAUCAACGGAGAGGAGCGUCGCAGUCGCCAGAAGAGGAGCAGAGGAGGGAAAUAGAAGUAGGUCAUCUUUUGGAAUGGGUUAUGUUUGUAUCUUCUCCUAAUUUCGCUAUGUAUAAGAGAGUUGAUGGUGUAUAUAUCCUAACAUGUAUUUGCUCUUGUGUACGUAAUUUGUGA